CUGCGAGUCCGCGCGGGAAGUGGGUGCUUUGCGCCGAGGGGAAGCGGCGCGUGGUGUACCGGCGGCGGCUUCUGCUGCUCUGGUCUCUCCUCGCCUCAUCUUCACCGCCUGGCCACCGCCGCCAUGCGCAUGAAGGGCCGCUUCCCGAUACGCCGCACUCUUCAGUACCUGGGCCAAGGGGACGUGGUGUUCAAGAAAUCGGUGAAGGUCAUGACGGUGAAUUACAAUACGCAUGGGGCGCUGGGCGAGGGCGCCAGGAAAUUUGUGUUUUUCAACAUACCUCAGAUCCAGUACAAAAACCCUUGGGUGCAGAUCAUGAUGUUUAAGAACAUGACACCAUCACCCUUCCUUCGAUUCUAUUUAGAUUCUGGUGAGCAGGUCCUCGUGGAUGUGGAGACCAAGAGCAAUAAGGAGAUCAUGGAGCACAUCAAAAAAAUCCUGGGGAAGAACGAGGAAACCCUCAAGAAAGAGGAGCAGGAGAAAGAACAGCUUUUUCACCCGGCUAACUUUGGACCCCGAAAGUACUGCCUGCGGGAGUGUAUCUGUGAAGUGGAAGGGCAGGUGCCCUGUCCAGCUCUGGUGCCGUUACCCAAGGAGAUGACAGGGAGGUACAAAGCAACUCUGAAAGCCAGUGCCCAGGACUAAGACCCAGGCCUGUGGGCUGGGGUUACCUUGAUCACAGGGAAGCCUCCCGUUCUGUCCCAGAGACUUUGAAAAUAAAAUGCUCCUUAAUUACUCCAUCAA